AUGCCGCUUCCACCCAUGGUCUCAGCCUGUGUGAUGUCGCUCACGAUCGGCUGUGCGUCCAACAUCAUCGCGCAGCGACUGAAGGCAUACAUAGAAGACGCGCCGUUCGUCUUCGACUACACGCUCUUCUGGCAGCUCACCGCAAUGGGCUUGAUAACUACGCCGAUAAACUAUCACUGGCAGAAAUGGCUGGAAUUCAUGUUUCCUGCUGAGAAGUUGGUGAAGCGAUCGCGUGCUCCGACGAGCGACGAUGCGGAGAAGGGCGCCUUCAACAGGGACGACGAUGAGAACAAGCGGGCAAUAGACGAGGAGGUCUACGUGCGCAGCUGGGCCAACGUCGUCAAGAAAACCAUCGCCGAUUCUAUGACUGGCGGCGCGUUGCUCAACACGACCAUGUUUCUGGUGCUGCUUGGGCUCAUGCAGGGCAAGACAGCAGCGCAGAUUGCCAACGAUAUCCGCGAGGAAGAGCUGUCCAUUAUAUGGAACUCGUACAAGAUCUGGCCGCUUGCAAACAUGUUUAGCUUCGCCUACGUGCCCGUUGAGCGCCGGAUCGUCUUUCUCAGCUUCUUCGGCCUGCUCUGGAGCAUCUACAUGACACUGGUUGCCUCGCGACUGUCCGCAUGA